AUACAGUUGUAUUAAAGGAAGGACCAAUCCCGUCGGUACAGCACAGAGCAGCAGUGCAAAGCUUUUUAACAAACAUGGCCGACACACUAGCUCACUGUCCCCAGGUGUCCUACUAGGAGCCUUCAACACUCAUGUGGGCAACGACAGUGAGGCCUGGAUCCAGAACCCCAGCGGUGCUCUGUUACUGGACUUCUGUGCAAACCACAGUUUGUCCAUUACAAAGACCAUGUUCGAACUCAAGGGCGUCCAUAAGUGCACAUGGCACCAUGUAGUGCAGGUUGCUGUUGACUUUGACUGAGGAAAUUGCCUUGUGGUGAGAGGAAUACUUCGAGGACCGCCUUAAUCCCACUGAUGCAAAGGACCUCCACCUGAGGAUGGUGCUGCUUGGGAAAGCUGGAGUAGGGAAGAGUGCAGCGGGAAACACCAUCUUAGGAAGAGAAGCUUUUCAGUCUUUUUCUUCUUUUUCUUCUGUAACAUUGGAGUGUCAGCAAGAAACAGCCCAGGUGGAUGGUCAUACACUGACUGUGGUUGAUACUCCAGGUCUAUUUGACACCACCCUGUCUGUAGAUCAGGUGGUUACACAGAUUGUUAGAUGCAUCACCUUUGCUGCUCCUGGUCCUCAUGUGUUUCUGGUUGUGAUCCAGUCGACCAGAUUCACAAGCGAAGAAGAAGAAACGAUUAAAAUUCUUCAGAAGAUGUUUGGAGAAGAUGCAGCACGUUAUAUUAUGGUCUUGUUCACGUAUGGAGACAACCUGCAAGACGGAGUCGACAUCUACAGCUCAAUCAGUGGAAAUCGGCCUCUGCAUCGCUUCAUCAGUCAGUGCGGAGGAAGAUAUCAUGUUUUUAACAACAAGAGUGAGGAUCGCUCUCAGGUCAAAGAGCUGCUGGAGAAGAUCAACACCAUGGUUCAGAGAAAUGGAGCAACAUACUACACCAAUGACAUGCUGCAGGAAGCUGAGAGAGCCAUCAGAGAAGAGAUGAAACGACUUCGGAAAGCAAAUCCAGACAUGGGAGAAGAAGAAGCGAGAAAACGGGCGAAGUUCCUGAAGGCUGCUGGGAUAGGAGCAGGUGUUGGAUUCAUAUUAGGACCAGUGGGAUCAGCCCUGGGAGCAGGAGUGGCAAUUGCUGUUGUGGCAAUGAAACAAGGAGAAUGCGUUAUACUGUGAAAACUGUUGGUAUUUAAUCACGAUUUGAGAGUUUUUGUGGGAGUUCUUUACAAAAAGGUUACUCAGUGUGUAUUUGGGAGCUGAUGAUCGUCAUUAUUAGUGACUUCUAACUUUCAGAUGACUGUCUGCGGUGCUCCUGAUCUCAGUGUGUAUGUAUGUAUGUAUUUAAUGUCACUUUUAUUAGUGGGAAAACAUUUUUCCUUGAUUUCUCAUGUGUAAAAGGUACAGAAAUUAUUCUACUCCUUUCAUACUUUGCAUUUGUGAUUUCUGUAAAUCUAAUUGUAAAUUGGUUACGGCUCGCAAAAACCACAGAGACACAGAGGGUGAUAUUAAACUUACUUCAGGUCUUUGAUGUCACUGUUGAUUUUUCUUUUUUCUCCCUUGACUUUUUUUUUCUUGCAUUGGCAUGAGGUGGUACAGAGGUUUAACAGGUAGUCCAGCUCCUCAGGAUGGCAUGUAAAUACUUACUUACAUAUGCUCAGGACAAAUCACUGAGAACCCGUGAACUAGAAAUAUAUAGAUAUAUAUAUUUAAAAAAAACUCAGACGCACUAGCAAAUACUGAACUGAGAACAAAAUAAUGCAGAGCAUGCACUUGAAACCAUUUUUGAAAUCCAAAGAACAAAACUUUGAGUCCAAGAAAACCACCUCAAAAUGCUUGGUCAAAACUCCAGGACAAUGAGACUGAGAGAGCUGCACAGAGCCAUAAAAGGCCCUCAACUGAUCAACAGGACCAAUAUCUGCGGCUUUGCACAAGGACGUGCAGCAUUACACUGGCGGAACUGCAAAAUGACCUCCAGUAGUCCUUUUCUAACCAACCAAUCAGGAACAGGCUUCAUGAGGGUGACUUGAGGAACCAAUAUCCUCUAUUUGUCCCCAGUUUGCAUUUGCUAUAGCCUGUCAGAACUGACAGGUCCACCACCGAGUGCUGUUCACAGAUGAGAGCAGAUUCCCCCUGUGCACAUGGAAGGGUCUCUGGGUUUGAAUGGACCCAGAUGUGGAACUCCUUG